AUGGAGGAGAAGAUGAUGGGUUUUGCCAUCCGGCCAAAUCUCUUCUGUCAGUUACCAUUUGAUCUCGCUGGUUUGCUAAAACUGGAGAUCAUUGCUUUUGAUACUGGUUUGCUAUUCACACUAUGCUUAGGUCCUACCUCAUUUGCACCUAUAAUUGAUGCUGCAAUUGGUAUUGUGGAGAGAAGCAAUGGUCAAUAUCAUGUGCUAGUCAUUAUUGCAGAUGGACAGGUUACCAGGAGUUCAGAUACACCCCCUGGGAGAUAUAGUACACAAGAACAAGCAACUAUUGAUUCUAUAGUUACUGCAUGUCAGUAUCCUCUUUCAAUUGUCUUGGUUGGUGUUGGAGAUGGACCAUGGGAUGCGAUGAAACAUUUUGAUGAUAACAUCCCUCAUCGCGCAUUUGACAAUUUUCAGGUACUUAAUGGAAUUUUUGUGAAUUUCACAAAAAUCAUGUCCGAGAACAUAGACAUAUCAAAAAAGGAAGCAGCCUUUGCCCUAGCUGCACUGAUGGAAAUUCCUUUUCAAUAUAGAGCUACACAAAGCCACCGGCGUAUGGAAAGAUAUACCAGUGGUCCAAGGACAGUGCCUCUGCCACCUCCACCUGCAGUCAUAGUUCAUGACAAUGCAGUUAAAUCAGUCCCACAGAUAAUGACCUCAGACUCAGCAGAUCAAACACCUGUGGAACAAGUCUGUCCCAUUUGCUUGACAAAUCCGAAGAAUAUGGCUUUUGGAUGUGGUCAUUUGACUUGCAGAGAUUGUGGUGAGACUAUUUCUUCAUGCCCCCUCUGUCGGCAGCCCAUAACAAUGCGCAUCAAAUUAUAUUCUUGA